GUUACGUAAAAGUUUUGAAAUUUAAAAUGGUAUAUAGGAUAAAAAAUAAUCCUGAGUCAAUUGGAUUAACUAGUCUAACAGCCCUUUUCAGGGAGGAGGGGGGCUGGGAUAGAAUUAUCCAAUGCCCUGAUUGAUUUAGUUACAGGGGGAAACAAGAGUGCCAGUUUCUGGAGCCAUUUCAAUGGAACACAGAUGUCCUUGAGUUGGUCUCAUAAGAGGCUCCACCUACCGCUGUUUCCUUAUCAACUGCUUUACCAUUGUGUUAACUCAUUGGCUGAAUUAAGAAGACCUGGGAGGAGAUAAAGCCUUAGCCAAUCAUUUGCACAGAUCUACCGUAGAUAUACUAGAUAAGCUAGCUCAUUAAGGUGGGAAAAAGUGUGACCAACAUUCCAGUGAAAGAAAUGGUAUGCUGUUCGGAAAAAUAAGACUUAGAUUUAUGGGAGAUAAAACCAAACCGUCAUUCUAAAAAGUGCCAUUAUUACAUACAAACCGAUGGUCACAAGAAGUUUCCGUUUCUCUUAGUACAACUGGGAGAAUUUCUUGACCAAGUCCUCUGACAGAAUUGCAUCUUGAUAAUGUCCAGACAGAAGUAACACUAUGGUCCUUUAUUACGAUAAUCACUACGCUAUGUUUCCUGCACCGUCUCAUCAGGCGACCUUUAACUCAUAUCCAUGUUCUUCAAAUCCAAUUCAACAGGUUUCAAUGGCACAGUGUGGGCCUGGUCAACAGGGUUAUGAUCUGGAAUGUCCAAUGUCUGAAGCCAUGCUUCAACAGGGCUGGCAUUCUCCGUUUUACCCAAAUUCUAGCACUAACGGCAGCUCGUGUGCUCAUAUGACCACAAACCCAAACUAUUAUGAAGAAUGGCCUCAGUCGCAAGGUUCGUUAUCUAAUUCUAGUCCUUGUUCCAAUGUAUGCAUGCCAGUAAACUUAUCUCCGACUGCCAGUCAACAGUGUAAUUUCAGGCUUCCUACCUACAGACAACAAGAUAUUUUGUCUAACUCUCAAGGAACAGUAAGUUUGACAGAAGUGGUUUAUUCCAGUGACAACGGAGUUACAGUAUCGACGGACGAGUCCCUGUCCGCAAGCUCUGGAAUCAGCGUUAAUAUAGUUCCGUCACCGGCUAGUCGCUACCAGUCUCGACUACAACCUGCACAUAGUCCGUACGAGUGGAUGAAGCGACCGUCCUGCCAACAAUCAGACCAAUUACACCCAGUAAAAACCAGGACUAAAGAGAAAUACCGUGUAGUCUACACCGACCACCAAAGACUGGAAUUAGAGAAAGAAUUCUAUUACAGUCGUUACAUCACCAUUCGGCGAAAAAGUGAACUAGCUGCUAUGUUAGGCCUAUCAGAGCGACAAGUGAAAAUAUGGUUUCAAAACCGUAGGGCCAAAGAAAGAAAACAAGCAAGGAAGCGGGAAGAUAUCUUACAGAAAGAAAAGGAACAUAGUAUUAACUCUGCUCCAGAUUGUGUUAUAAACAAAUCCAUGUCUGCUGUGAUAAAUAUGAACUCGGGUCACUGUAUUUAAGAAUUUAUUCAAACAAUUUCUAACAACGAGACUCUUUGGAGUGUCUGUAAUUAUAUUCGACUUGAUUGCCAUUUCGAAUUUUACUCUUUUCUGUUCUAUUAAAGUUGAAGAGAUGCUUGUGUUACGAACAGCGAACAUGAUCCAACCACUAUGAAGCGAAAAAUCAUAAAAGCAUCACUCUAGCAAGUGCUUUUCUAUUUUAACAAAAAUAGAAAUAUAUUUUGUAGAAAUGGAGUGUCUAUAGACUGUCCAGUAGCAAUCUGUUGUAAUUCGACUUGAAUUUAUUAUGUGACUUAGCAUCACACGGGGAGAACUGUUUGGUCUGCAUACUGUUACGGAUUGCUAAAGAGACAAAAAUUGAUGUACAUAUUGGGGUGCAAUUUUGAUGACCUAAAUAAAUAUUUUGUUUUGUAAUUUUGGUUUUUUCGCUUAAACACUGAUAUUAUUUUAGGUUUUUGAACGUUUAAAGGUAGUAGUUAUUUAGCAAAAUCUAUUUUUCAGGAUGGUCGUACAUUUUCACUAAAAGUAAGGCGGCCUAGCUUAUUCAUGAUUUAUGUUUAACUAUAAACUAAUAAUCAACGGUUUAUCUCUUUUUACAAGCAUGUCUCAAAUCAGAUCAGAGCAAACUAUGAUUCAAUGUCUAGAGCUAAGCAUUUUAGUCGUAUGCAAAUACUUCACAAGGCAUGUCAAGUAAUACCAGAUGUAAAGCUUGAUUUUAUGUUAGAUUGCAUCUCAAUUCUACGUGACAGACAGCUGUUGGUUGAACUUAAGUAUUAUUGUUAGUAAACAAAUUUGUUUUGAUUGUUAAGCACAAAACUACAAAAUGGGCUAUCAGUACUGUGCCCACCUCGAGUACUGAAAACCGAAUUUUGGCUUUAUAAGCCCUCAGACCUAUCGCUGAGCCACCAGGGCGGCUGGUUUGUUUGUAAUUAAGCACAAAGCUACGCAACUGGCUAUCUGUGCUCUGCCCACCAUGGGUAUCGAAACCAGAAUUCUAUCGUUGUAAGUCCGCAAGCAUACCGCUGUGCCACUGGGGGGGGGGGGGCAGGGCGGUUAGUAAAUAAGAUCAAUGCAUAUAUCACUAACACCCGAGUGCCUCAGGAAUUAAAUCUGAAAACAAUUUAUUUUACGGAACCUUACGGUGCGCUUGGAAACACAUAGUAAUCUUAAUUUGUGUAAAAUUAUUUCAAAGUAAUUUAUGUAAAAUAUGUAUUUUUUAUACUUAGUCUGUUACGUCCUUUUUAUGAAAGGCCAAUGUAAAGGAUAUUUUGGAUCAUCAUACUUCUGAAUCAUCGGGUGAUUGUAUGUUGAAUGGACUUAUUAACCAAGUUCAAUGGACAGUUAUCUAUUUCUGUUGCAAACACCAACCUGUUUUGCAUUUUUGAAUUCCUCAUAAAAGAAAAUUUUUCAUUAAGUUUGAAGGCUUUCUUGAAUAGCUGUGAAGGUCGUUGAAACAAAUUUGUUAAAAUGUGCGUAAUGACCAGAAAGAAAAGGUAUAUUUGAGAUAUAAGAUGUAUUCAUCAGUUUCUUUGUGAACCAAGGUGUGAAGUAGGGCUAAUUUAGUCUCUGGUAUUUUGUUAUAAAUUUAAUAUUUCUGUUUUCAAGCAGUUCAGAAACUUGUUAACAUAUAAGAACAUUCAACGAAUACAUGAAUAUAAAACUAGGCUUUAUAUCGUACUGUAAAAUAUGUACUUUAGAAAACUAUUGGUUCGGUACCAAAAUAACUAGUACUUUCGAUACCAUUUAAAAAUCUGAUAUUUAUUGCUUUAUAAGUAAUAAAUGAUCCUAUUUUAAUGUAACUUUACGGUAAAUUGCACGAGAGUCAGCCUGGUAGUUUUCUGAACAUUUACAUUAGAGUUUUGCUAUUAUUGCAAACAAUGUCACAUUAUUUGAGCCAUAACGGGGUAUACUUAUAAAUAUACUAAGAACAUUGAUUUAAUUUUGGUCCCUAAAUGUACAGAAAAAAUAAACAAAAGCUAAGUACUACACAUUUGCAGAAAGGGUGGAUGUAUAGCAUCCCAUAAUCACGUGACACGUUUAAAACACCAAUCAUUCUUUAGGACUAUGUACACGAUUAGCGUAUGCCAGAGAUUUUGGAAUAAUUUGGUCAGCAAAAGAAAGGCUGUUGGAAAGAAAAUGAUCGGUUACUUUCGAUAUUGUCAGUUUAUUUUAACCUUCUUAUGUUCUCAUGUUAUUAUACUUGCACACUGAUACCAUACUGUAAAUCAACUGUGCAAUAUAUAUCAAAGUUUUUGGAUGUUAAAACAUUUAAUUUAUCCAAACCGGAAAGCGUAUGAGGUUAAAUCGUCCCGUUGGGAAGAAAGUAUUUUUAACUUAUUCACGUAAUAAAAUAAGGAUCCAAUUUAAAGUCGUACAUCAGUGUUUUAAGUCAUAAUUAUGAAUUAAGAACUUAUUAUUAACUACAUGUCUUAGUAGUUAGCCCAACACUGAUAUCACGAUAUAUUUAUUUGUUUAAUAUGAUUCUCUGAAACUAUUUUACCUUCUAGCAAGUUAUCAUAUUCAGUUGAACGAACACGGGUAUUUGCAAUACAAUAUUUAUAUUUUUAAAUAUUAGUUAAAACUUUCAUAGACCUAACACAAAGGAAUGGUUUUAUAACGGCUAUAUUUUCCCGUGAGAUGGUUGGUUGCUCAGGCUGAUAACAGAGCUAAAAUGGUUUAUGACUCUUAUUAUCUAGAGGCUUAGAUGUAUUGAAAAUUUCCACCCAUUUUGUCUUGGGCUAUUUGUUAUUCUAUCAGUUGUAAUUCAGACGCUGAUCAGUUUGUCAUGCUCUAGUUCUCGGUUUUUUUCUACAUUUUUUCUCUGCUGAUUCUAUUGCUACGCCUUAAGUUAAUAGCUUCGUAAACUCCCACCAAUUCAGUUUCUCGCGUAAGUAGGAACCGAAACGAAUUUGAAAUGUCGGCUGUUUCAAGCUAGUAGAUCUGAGAAGGGUCAGAGCGACGUGGUUUCGGAAGUUUGUCACCAACAAAAUAACAAAAAUAAAAUAGUGCGGUUUAAGACAAGUACGAAAACUCUAAUUCCUGAAUAUUAGACUGCUCGUUAUCCUCCUGACAUGUUGAAGUAUAUAGGUCAUGACAAAGUUCAAACGUAUGACAUUAGAAAUCACCAUUUUGUUUGAACCUGUACCCAACAUCUCGGUAGGAAUUUAAUUGAAUAGAAAAUAUUUCUAAGAUAUCUAGAUUAAUCAGCAGUGUACAUUUGUAUGUUGUAUUUUAUUGUCUUGUAAAUGUAAUCACAUUGUACAUGUACAAAACUCUCAGUGAUUUAUUUUCAAAAAUUUAUCUGAAAGUGGCUCCCUCCUUCGUUAAGUUUGAAAUACUUGAUCUCAGAUAGGAUAAAAUGUACAAAGAAAAGAAAUAGAAAUAAACAAAACUGAUUUUAUUUACGAGUCUUAACUCUUUAUUAUGGUUUUUUUUUGCCAAUCCUCAAAAUAAUUUGCUAAUGAAGACAAUGACUGUUGAGAGGAUGAAAAGUGUUUUAUUUACAUGAGUUGUACGUUUCUAAAUACACUCAUUCCACGAUCAUUUGCAAAGUCUGAAAACAUAGUGCAUUGGUAUAUGUCAGUACAAAUUAAGUAAACACUUAAUGAUAUUUGAGAACGUGAAGUUUAUAAAACAUUUAAGAGGAACAAGUGCUAAAAUAAACACAAACCAUGGCGUAACUUAAAUACAAUAACAACAUUAAUAUUAGUCUGAAUUUACAAUGACGCAAAUUAAAGUAUUAGUGAUGUUCUAUUAAGUGUUAACAUUUUCAAAAUAAGCUUUCACUGGUAUUUUUCAUGUUAAAAGACGUGCUGGUGAAAAUGAAAAGCACUGGAAAAUAUACGCAUUUAUUCACAGGUGUAUAUUAUAAUUAAUUUAUAAUACAUGUGUGCAACUGUAAUACUUUCCUAGUAAGUUAUAUACAUGUGUAUUUAACGACAAAAAAUUGAAAUCUUUGUAAGAAAACCUGGUUUUAUUUUCUGUAAAAGUUGAAUUUGCUGUAUAUUUGAACAAACAUAAUCGCACAGAAUGACAUGUGAUUAUUGUGUAAUGACUGUAUCAGGAAAUAAAUAAAUUCAUGGACCUGAAUGUGUAAAAAAAUGUGUUUGAGACUAAGUAUUUCACAAAGCAAUAUCGGUUAGGAAUCUUGGCAAUGCUUAAUAUACCAUCUAAAGUCCAGAACAAAGUUCGCUUGGCUUUUUCAACCAAGUAUUAGAUAUCGUAGUGCAUGAAUGUUAAAUAAGAAAACAA